GUUAUACAACUGAAAACACUUAAGUCACUUAUAAUAAGUCAUUUUAACUAACAAACAGAACCAGUACAACCUUGCACUUUGUAAUAAGUCAUUUUAACUAACAAACAGAACCAGUACAACCUUGGCAGUUUCACAUUUGUGAACUUACAACAGCAUUUUCAAAAGUAAAAGGUUACCCAGCAGCUUUCAGAAAAUAUUAAGACUUCCCCUUUAAGAGGACUUUACCUGUCAGUCACCUGGCGAACACACCUCAACCACAACUCGACAGGACCAACGUUCUAAGCGACCCAGACAACAGGAGUGGGUAAAGUCUCCCAAGAUGGAGAAUUACAGCCUGCCUGAGGACACGCAGACGAGAGGGCAGAUUGAAGACAGAUACACGAGAUCAGACACGUCGUUUAGAAAUAGAACCAGUUGGGCAGACAGCAAGAGGGCGUUGAACGUGAACAGAGGUGAAAACGAGGAGCCUAAAGAGAACCACCUGCCAGAGAAAGCCGCUCAGGUGUUCUGUCCUGCAGCGACUCAGUCACUGUCCUCAUCAAGACAAAGUGGGAAAACAAUGUUGGAAAUGGACAAGAGUCCUCAAAAAGUUUCUCAGGGUUUCCACCAACAUGGCUUCAAGUACGACUGGCGUGAAGACACGCCCCAAGCCACAGAUGGGCGGGGCUGUCCCAGUAGGGAUAACUUGAAGGUAGGCGUGUCCCUGAUGACCUCAGCAAUUUUCUUCCCCUUCCUUGUCUGGGGAGGGUUUGUGUUCUUGCCGUUUGAUGCCCCACUGCUGGACGGUGCCCCUUUCAGGCUGGUCUACACGUUGCGCUGUUCUGUCAUUGCGGCCACGCCAGUCAUUUUAGGCUGGCUGGUUCUGGGUAUCAGCAGGCUCAGGCUAGGCGUUGUUCAGCCUUUUUUCAAGGAAGAGCAGCAGCUUCAGGAUGUCAGCCUUCACAGAGGCUUCAUAUCGGACUCAGUCACCUUGUUCCUGCUCUACUUUCUGCAGCUGGUCGUCAUGGCAAUGUACCUGAGCCAGGAGCAACUGAAGCUGGUGCCUCUUCUCACCGUCAUCUUUGCGAUUGGACGGUUGGCUUAUUGGGUGGCCGCCGCAUUUGGCGGAAGCAGCAUUCGUAGUUUUGGAUUCGGUUUGUCCUUCCUGCCCAUUCUUGUUAUGAUGGUUGCCAACAUGGUCUUCAUCUUCACAAUGGAGCCAUCAGCAUUAAUCUUCAGCUUGUCUCAGAAUCCUGUGGAGGUCUUGACUCCACCUUCCAGAAAACAGAGGUUCUGGGGAUAAAAACUGUCCAGCAAUCAGUUUUCAGUUACCGUAUGUUGGAACAUGCCACUUCCUGUAAUGCCUACCACUCAAUAUUCAACCCCUCCCUGUUGUAGAAAGGGCCGCUUUCCAGUUCGCUUGCAUUGUGUCAUGUAAAUAACUAGUUUGUUUACACAUUUUCAGAUUUCAUAAUAAAAAGGAUUCAAUUUUCCCUUAUGACCUGCUCAGUGUUUGUCGAGUUCCAUGAAUAUUGCAGAUGUGAGAUGAUUCCUCUGUAGGAAUGAAUGUCUUACUCAACAAGUCACUGUAAGGGGUUAAGACACUGUUGAUACAGUCCACUGCUGAUGUGGAUGUCAUACAACUUCAUGUAAAAAAAUCCGAACUAUCCCUUGAAGAGGCUAGUUUACAAGCAUGGAUAUCUCUUAUGACAGCAAACAACUUCUUGACUGCAGGGGGAAAAGCUCAACAUAAAGACAAGGAGACCAAGCAUUGAACCUUAAGGGCUGCCACAUCACAGCAUGUAAACUUUACAUUGUAAAGAAUGACUUCUGCCAGGGAAAUCUGAGGAAGUUGAUC